GCUUCCCUUACAGGUGAGCCACGCAAGUUUGACCCGAGCUUCAGAGGUCCUAUCCAUAACAGGUACUGUACCUUCUGGUCUCCUCCAACUUCCCUUGUUUCUUUUGACUGUUUCAGCUGAUGAAGCAAUAGAGACAUGCACAGUAAUAAAUGUGUAAUUGGCUGCAUGAUGGACAUUCAACAGCCUAUUGAUAGUUAGGUCUAGAUUAUUAUUCCCCAAAGUUUUUUUUUUCUUUCUCUUUUUGAUUUGCCCCAAAGAUAGGCCUAUAGUCAUCUUCUCAAUCUGCCAUAUAAUUUAAUUGUGCAUACUAUCAAAACCACUACACACCUAAUCAGAAUCUUAGAUUAUUAUUUUUUCCCCCUAUGAAAAUAUUGACCUUACUGUUUCAUAAGCUUUUUUGCACGUCACUCUAUGUGUUGACGGAUUGAUCAUUUGUCAGUAUUAAUAGAGAGAGAGGCUGAGUGCUGGCAGCUGUCUUCGCUACAUCACACAGAUCAAUGGCUAUUAGUCACACGAUGGGCUGGCGUUAGCCCAAUGACACACAUUAUUAACCAGCCUGGGAGACCGGAGUAACACAAACUCACAUAUCACAGGGAAUCAGCCAGCCAAUUAACUGCAAUAUAAGUACAGUGGGGGAAAAAAAGUAUUUAGUCAGCCACCAAUUGUGCAAGUUCUCCCACUUAAAAAGAUGAGAGAGGCCUGUAAUUUUCAUCAUAGGUACACGUCAACUAUGACAGACAAAUUGAGAUUUUUUUUCUCCAGAAAAUCACAUUGUAGGAUUUUUAAUGGAUUUAUUUGCAAAUUAUGGUGGAAAAUAAGUAUUUGGUCACCUACAAACAAGCAAGAUUUCUGGCUCUCACAGACCUGUAACUUCUUAUUUAAGAGGCUCCUCUGUCCUCCACUCGUUACCUGUAUUAAUGGCACCUGUUUGAACUUGUUAUCAGUAUAAAAGACACCUGUCCACAACCUCAAACAGUCACACUCCAAACUCCACUAUGGCCAAGACCAAAGAGCUGUCAAAGGACACCAGAAACAAAAUUGUAGACCUGCACCAGGCUGGGAAGACUGAAUCUGCAAUAGGUAAGCAGCUUGGUUUAAAGAAAUCAACUGUGGGAGCAAUUAUUAGGAAAUGGAAGACAUACAAGACCACUGAUAAUCUCCCUCGAUUUGGGGCUCCACGCAAGAUCUCACCCCGUGGGGUCAAAAUGAUCACAAGAACGGUGAGCAAAAAUCCCAGAACCACACGGGGGGACCUAGUGAAUGACCUGCAGAGAGCUGGGACCAAAGUAACAAAGCCUACCAUCAGUAACACACUACACCGCCAGGGACUCAAAUCCUGCAGUGCCAGACAUGUCCAGGCCCGUCUGAAGUUUGCUAGAGUGCAUUUGGAUGAUCCAGAAGAGGAUUGGGAGAAUGUCAUAUGGUCAGAUGGAACCAAAAUAGAACUUUUUGGUAAAAACUCAACUCGUCGUGUUUGGAGGACAAAGAAUGCUGAGUUGCAUCCAAAGAACACCAUACCUACUGUGAAGCAUGGGGGUGGAAACAUCAUGCUUUGGGGCUGUUUUUCUGCAAAGAGACCAGGACGACUGAUCCGUGUAAAGGAAAGAAUGAAUGGGGCCAUGUAUCGUGAGAUUUUGAGUGAAAACCUCCUUCCAUCAGCAAGGGCAUUGAAGAUGAAACGUGGCUGGGUCUUUCAGCAUGACAAUGAUCCCAAACACCGCCCGGGCAACGAAGGAGUGGCUUCGUAAGAAGCAUUUCAAGGUCCUGGAGUGGCCUAGCCAGUCUCCAGAUCUCAACCCCAUAGAAACUCUUUGGAGGGAGUUGAAAGUCCGUGUUGCCCAGCGACAGCCCCAAAACAUCACUGCUCUAGAGGAGAUCUGCAUGGAGGAAUGGGCCAAAAUACCAGCAACAGUGUGUGAAAACCUUGUGAAGACUUACAGAAAACGUUUGACCUGUGUCAUUGCCAACAAAGGGUAUAUAACAAAGUAUUGAGAAACUUUUGUUAUUGACCAAAUACUUAUUUUCCACCAUAAUUUGCAAAUAAAUUCAUUAAAAAACCUACAAUGUGAUUUUCUGGAUUUAUUUUUCUCAUUUUGUCUGUCAUAGUUGACGUGUACCUAUGAUGAAAAUUACACUUUUUAAGUGGGAGAACUUGCACAAUUGGUGGCUGACUAAAUACUUUUUUUCCCCUCUGUACUUAUUUCCACAUAUACCAUUCACGUAUAACCUGGCUGCAUCCUUUUUAUUUGAAAGCCUGGCCUUAUCUAGCACAUAUACCAAUGUCCUGUUGCUAUGUCUUGUUUACAUUUGUUUGGAUGUCAUUGGCUCUCACUUGAGUCCGCCAUCCCAUAAGACGACAUAGUAAACAAGAUUGCUCAAUAACCAAUUUAGGAUGCAGCUGUUUAUGUCUUAUAGCCUUUCAACUUCGUGGUUAUACUCUUUAGACCCCUAAUUUCUGCACUGGAGCGUAUCAUUACUUCAUACUGUAGAACAGAUAUACUCAAGACCAGCUUCAUACACUGGUGGGAAAGCAUGUUCCCCAAACCUUUAUCUCCAGCUCGUUUUCCUCCUACAGCUGUGGUCUAAGUGAAGGCACUUUGAUGUUUAUCUGGCUUAGAGGCGUUUUAAAUGAGAACUGGGAGAGAACUGACUCUCCUCCGGUUGUCUUUUUUCUCAGAAGCUCACCGCCUAAAUUAAGUCUGUAUCUGUGGUUAUUGAACAGUAGAGAAAAUGGAGAUGUAUUGUAGCUCUCUGACUAAUUCCGGCUUCCAUUAUGCUGCGGUACGAGGGAUGAAUAAAUCCAUAAAGUACAUCUGAAUAAUGUAUGAAUUGAAUAAUACCAUUGACUAGGGCCGGGACGAUACCAGUAUCGGGAUACUCAUUAGUAUCGUGGCAAGGAAACAAAACACGAAGCGGAUUUAAAUUAUUUAGGAAAACAGCCCUAAUGUUGGAAACCAACAUCAUUAUGAUGUCAUCCAGAGUCACAUUUAUUUCAUUUUUGCCUUGGAAGAAAUAUCCCGAUACUGGUAUCGCCCCGGCCUGAAUAGUGGACUGCACACCUUUUAGUCAAGGCACAUUUUCUAUUUCAUUUUUUUAUUGAACCUUUAUUUAACUAGACAACAUACAUACAUGGACUGUAAAUCUGUCCUUGAGACUUCUGCAGGGAAGUUGAAAAACAUUCAAAACCCUCCUGCCUUCCACUGCUAUCCCUGUUGUCUCUCCAGACCGUGAGAAACUUCCCGGUGUGUUCCAGCGUGUGGGAAUCCAUUAUCUCUCCCCCUCUCUCCCAAACUCUCUCCCUGUUAAUUCUCAUGAUGUGAUGGAGACAGGCAACCGGUGGUAGCACACCAGAAUUGCACCCACGCUAUUCUGUGGCAGCGUUGACCGGUCAUCACAACCACAGCCAUGGCUAGGGCUGUUGCAGUGACCGUAUUACAGCCACACUGGCAGUCACGAGUCAUGAAGGCAGUCAAAUUCCACAUGACCGUUUAGUCACUGUAAUUAGGCUUCUCCAAGCUCUGAUGCUGCUGAUGGUCAUUAGUAGCCUACCAAACGUACUAACUGCCUGGUACUCAGCACUCUAUUGUCCCUCUAACACUCUGACAACAAUGCAAAUGUAUUUGAAAAUCAAAUCGAACACUUCAUGAGAGCCCAUGAGCUCAUGUUGCACAACAUUUCUAUACGCUAUGCAAUUGUGGGAGAAAACAGAGUGAUGGCCACUAAUAUAAAGAGGAGGAUCCCAUCAGCUUUCUAUAGGCUAGGCCUACUAUAUUUAUUUCUCAACUUUCCUAAUAUUAAGCACAUUGCUUAUAUUUACAACAGGAGUAUAGCCUACCUGGCUAGCAUGAAAAUAAACCACAGGGAAAAGCAUCCUCCAUUCGCUAUUUAAGUGCAUAGAUUACAUAUAUUUUUUCCCGCUGCCCCUGUUUCGAUACAGGUGCAUGAUAAUGGUCCAUUCUUAAUCAAAACAAAUGUCACACAUAUAUUAUUUAGUAUAUGUAAAAACAAUAUUAAAUCAAGAAUAGUCUGAUGGGUGACAAUAUUAUCCUAUCACUUGUGAAUUAUAUAUAAUAAUAAUAAUAAUAAUAUGCCAUUUAGCAGACGCUUUUAUCCAAAGCGACUUACAGUCAUGUGUGCAUAAAUUUUUACGUAUGGGUGGUCCCGGGGAUUGAACCCACUACCCUGGCGUUACAAGCGCCGUGCUCUACCAAUUGAGCUACAGAGGACCACAUUUGUAUCACUUGUGAAUGAUGCCCAGCAUAAGAAACAAUGCCUUUUUUCUGCGACUUGUUCGAAUUAUAGUCGCACACCUCAUGUAGCCUAGCCCAUAGGCCUAUAUGUUUUAAUAAGGUUUAUAUCACAACUAAAGUGGCCAAAUAACUUCUUAAAAUUAAGCACAUUAAUCCACUUUACAAGGGGUGUAGCGCCUAACUGGCAUAUAUAAGCAGCGCGUGAGUUUCAAGUUUGGGGAAGAUAAUUUUCACCAUAUAAAUGCACCUUUAUAAUAAAAGCAUUACAUGCAUAAUUGCAUUUGCGGUCACUUUUGAUAAUGGUGUUUUCCGCUAAUGUAACAGUCGCGCUUAUAAUGUGAAGAAAUAGCCUAAUAGUUGAUCAACAUUUUAAGCUAAACAUUCUGAUCUAUUGCGUCAGCCACAUUGCAUAAAACAUUUUUUUUGAUGCUAGUGGUUGUAUUAAUUUGGGAUCUAUCGCAUCCCACAACUGUCCCAGACUAUGUUUGGAAUAUUUACUUCUCACACAGAAUAGAAUAGGUUGACUUUUGUACUAUGGGGGAUAGUAGAUUGACAUAGGUUAGUGCUUUUGCUGUUCGUUAGGCCUACUCAUCUUGUUGGCUGACGAAAAGUAAAUGUGGACAGUUCUUCCAAUAUCUUCAAUAUGCACCUCAGAAUUGGAUAAGGAUGCGCGCAGUUGCGUCCCCAAUGUGUCUGUCUUAACUUGUAGCCUGUGAGAAAGACCCGAUCACGUGACAGAGAGCAGUGUGAGUGAGAGAAGCUUCGGAUUGCGCAGCACAUUCAGGGAGAAGGGCACAACACAUCACUCUGGGCCGCAAAAGGCAUGGAUUUCUUUAGGGUGCAUUACGGCCACAAAGGGGAUGGCGCUGUGAAAUUCUAGGCAUUAUCAAGUGCUUGUCAAAUUGUGAAUGAGAGAGUAUUGGAGUGUGUACAGCCUGCGCAAAAAACAAAGCAGAGCUCAUGCCUUUUCAAGCAACUUUUUUCAAAUCAUUAGUCUCAUCAUGCAGCCUUACAAUGUAUUAAAAAUCAAAACAUAUAGCCCAACGUUUGUAGAACAACUAAAGUUACAUUAAUAAGUCUAAAUUAAGCAUAUAGGAGUACCUAUUUCUUUGUUAACCGCUCAACACAGAAUAGCCGCAUGUGCGCGCUCCCUCAAAGUGGUUGGAGAAAAUAUUUAUAUUUUUAAAACUUUGUUCAAUUGUUUUCUUCUUACUAUAAAAUAAUAUAAAAUAAUGCCACGGAAUUAUAAGCAACUCUGCUACAUGAACUAGUGUAGCCCACAGCCAUUUGGCAUAGCCACAUCAGGACCUAACACAAGGACAACUCAGAGUAUGCUAUUAUUUUCUUCUGAAAUAGACUACAUUUUCAACAUAUCAUGAUUUUAAUGAAUGGAGUGAAUUUGGAGUUUUUUUUCCUGUGCGAGGAGCGUUUUUUUGCGGAGCGGUUGGAAAGGACAUGGAGAGCCGGGAAGCACCACUCCAUGAGCGAUGAGCAGGAUUUCCGACCGCUCAACUCCGCUCACAUACUCUGCUGAGUACCACUCUUCAUAUUUUCAAGCAUGGUGGUGGCAGCAUCAUGUUAUGGGUAUGCUAGGCCCUGGGGGGUUGGGUAGAAGACAAUGGAGAAGCACCUCACGGUAAGGCAGUGAAGAGGUGACAUAAGGUCUGCUUCGGGGUCCCACCCCCUGGAUCUCAUCGAAUAAUCACCCAUGAUUCCUAGCUGACUGCUGGUCCACUACACUACCUGACUCAACUCCUAAUGGACGCUGAGAAAUUCAGUCCUCACCAAGGCAACCUCGACAGCUCUUGUUCCUUGUCUUUUGAAUGAAAUGAAAAAGUAGUCCCUCAUCUGUCUCUUUAAUACCGUGUUUAAUAUUAGAGCCGGCAGUGCCUUGGUCACCGCAGUUCCACUAUCACACUGUCUCUUACAGGAAUGUUGUCGGUGUGAUGAUGGAGCCAUUUUCUUCCUCGGCUCCCUCGGACUGGGUUUGUUUGUGAAAUAUGGCUUAGCCUUUAAAGCCUCAGUUCCAUGUUAUAGACUUGUGUCAUUCCUUGAGUCUAUGCCAUCAAAUAUGAUUUACGGUCAGGAUUUUUGUGGGUAAUGGUGUCUUUUACAGGAGAAUGCAGAUCAGAACAGAUGGUCAAUGGGUCAGCUAUUAGCAGGAUGGGAUUUAUGGGCAAUGUAAUUUGGAGAGAUAUCUCAAAUUGGACAUUCACAAUUAAGUAUCAGGUCUCCAGACUUAAUGGGAGAAUUGCAACCACUGAUGGCCACUAGAUUAUCGCCAAUGAUCUCUCGUUAAACCAUCAUUACGCUCUAAAAUCACCCGCACAGCUGAUUUCAAUUGCCACCAUCAUCCGUCACCGAUUUACCACUCCGUAACGUGGAUUUCUGAAUUGGAAAGAAAUGUGGUAGGGAGAGUAAUUUCUUAUUAUUUGGAAAUCAUUAUCUUAACCAAAGAAACCGAUGCAAAGUGCUUUGUUUUAUAAUUACAUUUUAAUUGUCUAUCAAUGUUGUUGCAUUCCAUAUCACUUCAAUUUACAAUGUGGUAAUUCAUUAAAAGUAGGUCUUCAAUAACUUUAUUUUCGCAGAAGAGGAGCCUUGAUGUAGACAUAAUUUGGCUAGUAAUUGUCUGCAAUUAAACAUGUUAACUAAAUAAUUUUAUUUCAGUUGUAAUACACUAUAUAUACAAUAGUAUGUGAAUUCAACUAUUUAGUGGAUUCGGCUAUUUGUCACACCCGUUGCUGACAGGUGUAUAAAAUUGAGCAAUCUCCAUAGACAAACAUUGGCAGUAGAAUGGCCUCACUGAAGAGCUCAGUGACUUUCAACGUGGCACCGUCAUAGGAUGCUACCUUUCCAACAAGUCAGUUCAUCAAAUUUCUGCCCUGCUAGAGCUAUCCCGGGCCAACUGUAAGUGCUGUUAUUGUGAAGUGGAAACGUCUAGAAGCAACAAUGGCUCAGCCUCAAAGUGGUAGGCCACACAAGCUCACAGAACGGGACCGCCGAGUGCUGAAGAGCGUAAAAAUCACUCACUCCAAACUGCCUCUGGAAGCAACGUCAGCACAAGAACUGAUCGUUGGGAGCUUCAUGAAAUGGGUUUCCAUGGCCGAGCAGCCGCACACAAGCCUAAGAUCACCAUGCACAAUGCCAAGCGUCAGCUGGACUGGUGUAAAGUUCGCUGUCAUUGGACUCUGGAGCAGUGGAGCGUUCUCUGGAGUGAUGAAUCACGCGUCACCAUCUGGCAGUCCAAUGGACGAAUCUGGGUUUGGCGGAUGCCAGGAGAACGCUACCUGCCCGAAUGCAUAGUGCCAACUGUAAUGUUUGGUGAAGGAGGAAUAAUGGUCUGGGGCUGUUUUUCAUGGUUCGGCUAGGCCCCUUAGUUCCAGUGAAGGGAAAUCUUAACGCUACAGUAUACAAUUACAUUCUAGACGAUUCUGCACUUCCAACUUUAUGGCUACAGUUUGGGGAAGGCCCUUUCCUGUUUCAGCAUGACAAUGCCCCUGUGCACAAAGCGAGGUCCAUUCAGAUAUGGUUUGUCGAGAUCGGUGUGGAAGAACUUGGCUGGACUGCACAGAGCCCUGACCUCAACCCCAUCAAACACCUUUGGGAUGAAUUGCAACACUGACUGUGAGCCAGGCCUAAUUGCCCAACAUCAGUGCCUGACCUCAUUAAUGCUCUUGUGGCUGAAUGGAAGCAAGAGCCCGCAGCAAUGUUCCAAUAUUUAGUGGAAAGCCUUCCCAGAAGAGUGGAGGCUGUUAUAGCAGCAAAGGGGGACCAACUCUAUAUUAAUGCCCAUGAUUUUGGAAUGAGAUGUUCUCAUACUUUUGGUAAUGUAGUGUAUGUCAUUCUUCCAUUUAUCUUUUUCGUAUUUCGAUUUCGUUGUUCCUGAUAAACUGUUAUUUCAUUGGGGUGGGGGUAGUGAACGCAGACGAUGUCCAUUCCCCAUGCCAUUUCCACUGUCUAGUAUCAAGCCGGCUUAGCACCGUAAAAGCUUCAGAUCUGCUGGUCUGCCAGUUUUUUUUUUUUAAGCUUAGUUUAGCCCGCAGGUGCAUGUAAUCUCCCUUUAGUAGCGUUUUAAGAAAUCCAGCGUUAACCUGACUGUUUGGCGCAAUCGAGCCCAUGUAAUUCAGAUGAGAUUGGUAAUAAUAGGCCCAUUUAAUUCAGCAGUGAGAAAUACGUUUAUUAUAGGUACUGUAGUGCUGGAUCUAAGCCAUUUAAUUGGGAAGGAAUCUCAGUCUUCACUAAUGUUAAACUCAACAAGCCCCACUUUCACAUAACAACACAUUAGCAUGGAAUGCAAAUGCAGUUGCAAUUACCUACAGUAUUUAUGUAGGGCUAUGAUCAUUCUGCUUAGUUGCAACAGCACUUGCAAAACAUUCCUGGAUAAUUUGCGAUGCAAAGAUUGAACUGUGCAACUGCCUCAGUCUAAAUCAGUUUAAGAGCCAGACUUAGUAACCUAAAUGUUUUUGCAUGUGUGUUUGUAUGUGUAUACAGCAUAUUUGUUUCUGUGUAUGUCUCUAUCUAAGUAGUUUAUCCUUUUUAAUAUCCAUUGUGAUGAAAUUGAUAUUCUUUGUGCAUCAGUGGCCCGAGCUCCGCAGGACCAUCUGCUAUUUAAUCACAAAAUGGUGUUCGGAGGCUCAAAAGCUAUGUGCGUAUGUGCUGCUCGUGGAGUCUAUGGUGGCACCACGCUGCAUACAAAACAAGGACAAGCAGCUACCUCAAAGGAGCACCACAGCAGAACUGCUUUAAAACGCCCGCAGGCUCCGGCCUCCACUCGACACAGGCUUUCUUCUUGGGGAUGAAAGAGGAGAGUGUAAAGCAUGAGGGCUUGAAGGUCUUACAUUUGGGUGUGUAGUUCCUUAUGAUAGCCUUCACAGUGCAUGCUCUGUAUGGUAAAGUUCAGACUUGGAUUGUACUUGCUCUGUCUAAGGGGACACCACAGGGUUGAAGUUGGGGUGGGUUUUUGAAGACGGGGCCAAUGAGGGGCAAGGCUGACAGCUCCUCUGGGGUGUGAGAAGGGUGAGAGACUGGGGAAGACUUCUUAUCUGAUGACAGGAGGAGAAACCCCAGCUGUGAGAGAGACAUCCUCCCCUCUCAUAAUAUUGUGCAGUCCAACCUUCAAAACCUCUGUUGGAGGGGUCUCUGUGGAGAGCAUAAACUCUGGGGGUUUGAGCAUGUCUCAUUACAAAUUCAGUGGAGCUCGGAAUGUUUUUCUCAGAGCCUUGAGUCUUGAGAUGCCACCUGGUCUUGUCAGGUGGCAAAUGCUGCACCCAGCUUAGGAGCUCAAAUACAAGCCCACUGUCAGGGAUGCCAUGGCAAGGGCAGAGCCCUGGGUACUAGACUCAUCUAAUCGACACUCUCUCUCUCUCUCCUUCUGUCCCUCUCUUUCUCUGUCUUCUCUCCAGGGGCUGCACGGACGUGGUGUGCUGUGUUAUCUUCGUCAUCGUCAUCCUCGGCUACAUCGCUCUGGGCACCGUGGGUGAGUUGUCAUGUUGCUGCUUAUUUCAUCAGACCAGGUUUCAUAACACCACAGCCCACCCUAUGAUGGUGCUCCACGUUGUGUGAGGCCAAGUCCCAUGUAAAUGUAGAGUGUGUGCGUUCGUCUGUGUUCAUGAGUUUCUGCAUGCCUAGCUCUCAUCUUGACAAAGUCUUUGGGUGGGGAAGGGAAAGGGAAAGGGGGAUACCUAGUCAGUUGCACAAAUGAAUGCAUUCAACCGAAAUGUGUCUUCCGCAUUUAACCCAACCCCUUCUGAAUCAGAGAGGUGCGGGGGGCUGCCUUAAUCGAUGUCCACGUCAUCGGCGCCCAGGGAGCAGUUGUUGUUGAGGGUUAACUGUCUUGCUCAAGGGCAGAACAGCAGAUUUUUUCCACCUUGCCGGCUCGAGGAUUCAAACUGCAUUCCACCGACUGCAUUGCCAUAUAAAUGCUAGAUAAAGUUUUGUAUUGGAUCCCAUUUUGCAUUAAGCAACAGAGCCUCUGAUUGUGUGAAGUGUGUGGGAGGUUGAAAAAUGAGUGCUUGAAUUUCCCCAGAGACAGACCCAUUCCUUAAUGAGUGGGAGUCAGCAACAUCAGUCUAAUGAUUUUAUGUGAGUCAGUUUCUGUUUCUGACUGAGGUUACUGGAUGGCAUUUCCCUAAUCUGUGCAUCUAAUCUCUUGAUUGGGGGUUUGACCAUGUUCUCCAGAGAUAUGGGUGACAUUCUGUGACCUCCAUUCCUUUUAAGGGACUUAGUUAGAGUAGUUGUGCGUGGCGAUGUAAACACAGCCUUACUACAGUGUGUUCCUCUCAGUAGAUUGGAAUCAAUAAUGUGAAUCUCCUCACACACACACCUCAAUCUGUACAGACACAGACAUGCAUGCUUAAACACACACACACACACACACACACACACACACACACACACAUUUGUUUUACUAUUCUUGUGGGGACCAAACCAAAUCCUAUGUUCCCUAAUCCUUAACCUAACCCUAACUCCUAAACCUAACCCCUAACCCUUAUUCUAACCUUAAACCUAACCCCUAAGCCUAAAAUAGCCUUUUUCCUUGUGGGGACCGGCAAAAUGUCCCCACUUAUCCGAAUUUUCCUUGUUUUACUAUCCUUGUGAGGACCAGAAAGAUAGUAAAACCAAACACACAGACACCCCUCCCCCUCCCAGUUAGUCAAAUGAAAUCAACGGUGAUGUCUUUUCUCAAAGUGCAGUCCCUCUGACUCCCGUCUGUUGCGCAAUUACUUUAAAAGAGCCAGAGCCAUGAAAAUGAGGUGACUUCAAAUAGAUACUGGUAUGUUCGCAAUUACGUGAACAGCUUUUCAUUCUUUCUCCUCACCCGUGGUCUUCCUCAUGCAUAAACUUUCUGUUUUAUCAUGACUAUUGUGUGAGGCAGGUACAGUGCUGUUGGCUAGGAAGACUAACAGUCUGUGAAUAGAAUAGAAUGCUUUGUCCUCUAAAGUAAUUAUUUUUUGUUGAUGUCUUGAAAAGGUUAGAAAAACACAUUUGCAGCAUGGAUUGAAGUUCAGAGUAGUCUCAAAAGAUACAGACUGGUGUUGAAAGAGUAUUGGAAUAAUUGGAUUACCUUGGCCUUGGUUUUGUUGGUGGCAUCAUUCCACGAAAAGUGUGCUUUUUGCAUCCCUUUGAUAUUUAAAGUAGAAAUUGUGCACCAAUAUAGAAUUUUAUAUUAAAUGAAGUGCCCUUUAAUAUAGACCUCGAGGAGAAUUCAAUAAAUCAGAUUUUUAAUAUGAAUAAAGACUUGCUGAAGUGCCACAUUUCAGCAUUUUUACAUGUCCCGCCAUGCACCUUCUGUGACUUCUAGUGAGAUUUUAACCCACUUAAUCCCAACAUUUCAACAAGUUUUCACCAUUAUUGUUAUGCCCUAGUUAUUUUGUUGCUUUGACAAAGUCAUUUCUGAAUAUUAUUAUUUAUUUAAUGUGAUUAGUGAUUAAUUUACAUCUGUCCCUCAUUUUAAGGUCAACCCUGUUACGUAAACAGAACUCUCGAUUUAAUAUGAGUAAACUAUUCGUUUUUAAAUAUUAUUUUCAAAAGAAACAUUGAAUCAUAGUGUAAAAGCAGGUGAGCUGGUUUGACCCCUUUUGGCCAUUUUCUGGUGUUUUGUGAUGGAAAACUGACCAUAAUACGUCAACCCUGUAACCCAUACGGUAAUAAUAUUUUUACAAUUAUAUUUAUUUUGUCACGCUUGCAUUCAAUUGCAGCUCCCUGUCACAAGGGGAUUUUUGGCUGAUUUAAGAUGAAAUCGUCAAACCUGUUACGGUCAACCCUGUUACUUUAUAUGGCACUUAACAGGUACUUACUAAAGUCAUUUUUAAAUUUAACCUCGUGAGAUGGGAAACCGUGUUUUUUUAAAUUAAGUUAAACAUGUGCUCUUUAUGACAGAAUGUUAAAAUGAGUUGAAAUCAAACUUUUUUUUUAACCAAGUUACUCUUCUCAAUAGGCACCGAAUUGGUACCUCUGUAUUCUGUAAGUAUAGUCUCGCAGGGUUUUCAGGUUGUCCUAUAAUUGCUGAACAGCCAGCUCUCACCUUGACACACUAAUCUUUUCAUGUCUGGCUUUUCUGAUUGUAAUUCAUAAUAGAAGUCUACCUUUGAUCCCGUUUGACCUGCUUUUUUACUCUGAAGUGAUUAUGGUAGUGUGUGUUACAGGUGGGCAGAAUAUUCCCAUAUACAGUUGAAGUCGGAAGUUUACAUACACCUUAGCCAAAUACAUUUACACUCAGUUUUUCACAAUUCCUGACAUUUAACCCUAGUAAAAAUUCCCUGUCUUAGGUCAGUUAGGAUCACCACUUUAUUUUAAGAAUGUAAAAUGUCAGAAUAAUGGUGGAGAGUGAUUUAUUUCAGCUUUUAUUUCUUUCAUCACAUUCCCAGUGGGUCAGAAGUUUACAUACACUCAAUUAGUAUUUGGUAGCAUUGCCUUUAAAUUGUUUAAUUUGGGUCACACGUUUCGGGUAGCCUUCCACAAGCUUCCCACAAUAAGUUGGGUGAAUUUUGGCCCAUUCCUCCUGACAGAGCUGGUGUAACUGAGUAAGGUUUGUAGGCCUCCUUGCUCACACACGCUUUUUCAGUUCUUCCCACAAAUGUUCUAUAGGACUGAGGUCAGGGCUUUGUGAUGGCCACUCCAAUACCUUGACUUUGUUGUCCUUAAGCCAUUUUGCCACAACUUUGGAAGUAUGCUUGGGGUCAUUGUCCAUUUGGAAGACCCAUUUACGACCAAGCUUUAACUUCCUGACUGAUGUCUUGAGAUGCUGCUUCAAUAUAUCCACAUCAUUUUCCUUCCUCAUGAUGCCAUCUAUUUUGUGAAGUGCACCAGUCCCUCCUGCAGCAAAGCACCCCCACAGCAUGAUGCUGCCACCCCGUGCUUCACGGUUGGGAUGGUGUUCUUCGGCUUGCAAGAUGUUUUCCUCCAAACAUAACGAUGGUCAUUAUGGCCAAACAGUUCUAUUUUUGUUUCAUCAGACCAGAGGACAUUUCUCCAAGAAGUACGAUCUUUGUCCCCAUGUGCAGUUUCAAACCGUAGUCUGGCUUUUUUAUGGCGGUUUUGGAGCAGUGGCUUCUUCCUUGCUGAGCGGCCUUUCAGGUUAUGUCGAUAUAGGACUCGUUUUACUGUGGAUAUAGAUACUUUUGUACCUGUUUCCUCCAGCAUCUUCACAAGGUCCUUUGCUGUUGUUCUGGGAUUGAUUUGCACUUUUCGCACCAAAGUACGUUCAUUUCUAUGAGACAGAACGCGUCUCCUUCCUGAGCUGUAUGACGGCUGCGUGGUCCCAUGGUGUUUAUACUUGCAUACUAUUGUUUGUACAGAUGAACGUGGUACCUUCAGGCGUUUGGUAAUUGCUCCCAAGGAUGAACCAGACUUAUGGAGGUCUACCAUUUUUUUUCUGAGGUCUUGGCUGAUUUCUUUUGAUUUUCCCAUGAUGUCAAGCAAAGAGGGCACUGUGUUUGAAGGUAGACCUUGAAAUACAUCCACAGGUACACCUCCAAUUGACUCAAAUGAUGUCAAUUAGCCUAUCAGAAGCUUCUAAAGCCAUGACAUCAUUUUCUGGAAUUUUCCAAGCUGUUUAAAGGCACAGUCAACUUAGUGUAUGUAAACUUCUGACCCACUGGAAUUGUGAGAUAGUGAAUUAUAAGUGAAAUAAUCUGUCUGUAAACAAUUGUUGGAAAAAUUACUUGUGUCAUGCACAAAUUAGAUGGCCCAACCGACUUGCCAAAACUAUAGUUUGUUAACAAGAAAUUUGUGGAGUGGUUGAAAAACGAGUUUUAAUGACUCCAACCUAAGUGUAUGUAAACUUCCGACUUCAACUGUACACACAGCCAGGGAGGUCCUGUCACUGACUCAUAAAUGCCCAGAGGAUUGACAGUUGAAGGGGCAGGGAAGGAGGCUAAUGAUGCGGCCGUUUGUCUGGUUGCAGCCUGGAUCCAUGGUGACCCCAGGAAGGUGGUCUACCCCACUGACAGCCACGGACAGUUCUGUGGACAGCAGGGGACCCCCAACGCGUGAGUAUAAAGAAAGACCUCUACCUGUGUUUGGAGAAACAUUUAUUGUAUCGAAUAAGUAUAGUACUAAAUGGCCAGCAUUCACAUUGCACUUCGGACAGAUGAGGCUUCACAUCAAUAUCCUCAAAGAAAUUCUGCAAGAUGUCAAUCUUUUAGUGCACUUGGAAGAGAUAGAAAACAGCUUGGGAGGUGUGUCGGCUUUAACACGUUUGACACCUGCAAUACGGCAUGAACAAUCUGAGAGAAAUCAUAAUGCAGAGAAACUGCUUUUCCCUAUGAUUAAUAUCCGGCCUCAGCAUGUCAGUUGUAUUAGUCUAAGUGAGAUGAGGACAGUGGAAGUUAGGCCCCUAAAUGGCAGGUAAUCCAGGAAAGAAAAUGAGUUGGUGGCCAGUAUGACGCAGGAAAACUGUAUACAGGUGAACUAUAUACAGGUUAUAUUUACAAAAAUACAAAUAAGGAGCAGCGUUGCCUGAAGAAGACUCUAAUCGAAACACGUUGCAGUUAUGCGUCCUGUUAUGACAACCAUAGGCUGAUCCUUAUACAAAUUCUUUGUCAAUAUAAUCUGAAUAUAGUUUACAAAGGUUUUCCUACAUCACAUUGGCUGCCUGCUAGUUGUAUUAGUCUGUAAUAUUUUCUAUAUUGAGUGCUUUGCGCACCAUGAAUGAAAAGCGCUUUAUAAAGUAGCAUUAACCACCAUCAUGGACUUUCCUGCUCCCUGUGUUUUUAUACACUGUUUGACAGACAGCUCAAUCUCCUGUUAGAUUUUCAAUACAACGUUUGUUCUCAGCGAUCUCUAAUAAAGCUGUCUUUGUGUUGGGAAACUAAUGACUAUUCUCUCCAUGUCGCUGUGGUUACAGCAACAAAGCCAUAUUAUUCUACUUCAACAUAUUGCAAUGUGCCAAUCCUGCCGUUCUAAUUAACCUCCAGUGCCCUACAACCCAGGUAAGAGCUGCCUCUUAACGCUGCAGACAUUAUGCUAUUAUGUUCCCGCUGGUUUUUCUCGCUUGUUCUCUGUCGUUAAGCGUUGAUUAAUAUUUGGCUGUCCCUUUCUCUUCUCUUCCCAGCUCUGUGUCUCCAAGUGCCCGGACAGAUUUGCCACAUACCUAGACAUGCAAUACAACUACAGGUACAACAAGAGCUACUGGGAGUAUUACAGGCAGUUCUGCAAGCCGGGCUUCGACAAUCCUAGAAAGGUACCGAGACUGAUGCCUCCAGUCACUUAUGGUCUCACUUAUCAAGUCCUUGAGCGUUCUGAAACAGAUAUCUUCUGUAAUGGUUAUCCAUCUAUAAGUCAGUGGAGUACUCCGGUCCACUGCAGCAGUUUUUAUCUCAAUAUAAAAUAUUUUCUAUGGAGCAUUUAAGUACAUUACUGUUUGUUUUAAGUUAAAAUUGUGAAAAAGAAACAAAAAUAGCUUCUUAGCAAAGAGCAAGCAAUAAUUUUGCUAGGACUGUCUGGAAGUGGUCUGAGUGGGGAGGGGGAAACUGAAAACUAGCUGUUAUUGGCAGAGAGGUUUGGAAUUCUCUUUCUUAUUUGUCUAUUUAACUAAUUUACCGCCUGGUGAUGUCACCAGACAGGCCAAAACCCCAUCCCACCAAAACAGGCUGACAUUUCAGGCAGUCUUUUCAAACAGGGCUUACACAAUUCCACAGUAUUAUUCAAACCUCAUGGUGUGGAAAUUAGGGCUGACCCCAAUUAGUUGACUGGUUGAUUGUUUGGUCGAUAGGCUGUUGGUCGACCAAGAUUUGUUUUUGUAGAGCAGUAGCAAAUAUAUAUAUAUAUAUAUUUUUUUAUGGCACUCGAGACACCUGUCUGAUUCACGCCCAUCUCAGUGAACUAAUCCAUUGUGGAGGCCGAGACUAAUCCAUUGCGAAGGCCGCAGGGAUGGCACAGUCCAAGAAGAAGGGGAGUGUGGCUAAAAUUCACAAUGUCUCUCUCCAGAAUGCGCGCUCUCCCGCCAAUUUGUGCACAUUUAUUGUUUCUUUCAUUACUUCAUUGUGCGAAUUGUUUGCGUUUGAUUGUUAGUGUCUAUCAAUUCCCCAUUACAUAUACAGUACCAGUCAAAAGUUUUGACACACCUACUCAUUCCAGCAUUUUUCUUUAUUUUUUACUAUUUUUUACAUUGUAGAAUAAUAGUGAAGACAUCAAAGCUAUGAAAUAACACAUAUGAAAUCAUGUAGUAACCAAAAAAGUGUUAAACAAAUCAAAAUAUAUUUUAUAUUUGAGAUUCUUCAAAUAGACACCCUUUGCCUUGAUGACAGCUUUGCACACGUCCAUAUUUUGAUUUGUUUAACACUUUGGUUACUACAUGAUUCCAUAGGUGUUAUUUCAUAGGUUUGAUGUCUUCACUAUUAUUCUACAAUUUAGAAAAUAGUAAAAAUAAACCCUUGAAUGAGUAGGUUUGUCCAAACGUUUGACUGGUGCUGUAUCACCAGUAGUACAUUUACUGUUAAUUCCUAUAAUUUCUAAUCUAUCAUUUACAUUUUAGUCAUUUAGCAGACGCUCUUAUCCAGAGCGACUUACAGUUAGUGAGUGCAUACAUUUUCAUACUGGCCCCUCGUGGGAAACGAACCCACAACCCUGGCGUUGCAAGCACCAUGCUCUACCAACUGAGCUACAGGGGACUCCAUGUUUGUUAGGUUAUGGUAAUUUCUGUUAAUGCAUUCAAUAUAUUAUUAUUCCAGUCUUUUACCGUUCUUGUUUUCGGAGUGGACACAUUGUUUUCAGAGCGCACAACCUAUGCUUGUGAGAAAAAAGUUUUGGUUUAUUUCAUUCCAUUGACGAGUUUUGUCAAUUUAAUCAUUGUAUUUUGUUUGGAGUGCUAAUGUCAAUGUUGAGUAAGGACGCGCACCUGAUUACGCAUAGAAGUAGGCCUAUAGGCUACCUGGCCUGCACGCAAAUGAAGGCAUAUAAAUGUGCCCAUUUGGGGAUCUGAUAGUAUUUAUGAUUGGCUUAACGCACCACCACUAAUGAGCUGUGGAGCUUCUCAAAGUAAUGUUUUCUUCACCCCAAACAGCAAGCAAACAAAGUCUGUUUUUACAUCCAUUGAGAAUGACAAUAGUUCCCAAAUGUAUUUGAAAGAUCUCUCCAGCUCUCUCCCUUUCAAUAACCACUCAGCAUGAAAGGGAAAAAUAUCAUGUUGGUGACCUCUUAUCCCUUUCGCAAAUAGCCUACAGCUGUGUCUGUCCCGAGCUCACUGGUGCAGGAAACAAUAAGGGCCCAGAAUUUUUUAUACAAUGUUGCAAGUUUGCUAGCACAAGCUUUGGGCCUGACCCAAGUUUAUAGUUGAUACAAUGUUUCAAGUGCAUUGCAGACAGGCAUGCAUAGCCAAUGUGAUUGAUAGGAUAUUUAUUUUUAUCCGGAUAUUUUCUACCUGCAGGGUGCAAUGUUUUUAUUUGUUGGCUUUAUGUAGGCUAUUUUUACAUUGUUUGUAAUGAAGACGCAGGGAGUCAGGAAGCAAGUGCAGUUGGAGAGUUUAAUAACAAGGAACAUGAAGAUAUGCGAAACAAGAGAAGCGUUCUGGACAUGAAAACAAAACCAAUAAGAAGACUGAAGACUGACACUACUGAGGGCUAAAUAAAUGGGAAGUAAUAAAGAUAAUGAUGAAGUCCAGGUGUGCAUAACGAUGGGGAGCAGGUGUGUGUAAUGAUGGUUGCCAGGUGUGCGUAAUGUGGGUUGCCAGGACCGGUGGUUAGUAGACCGGCGGCGUCGAGCGCCAGAGCGGGAGUAGGCGUGACAUCGUUGGCAAUGGCAAUAGAAGUUAUGUUUUAGGUUUGUAUCAUUUUCAUUUAGACAAUGAUUUUGAGAAACGAAGACGUUAUUAUAAAUUAAAUGAAACAAUUCCACGACAAUGUGCAUAUGAAAACCAUAACUGGCACGCAGAUCGGUAGAAAUGGUUGCAGAAUCCUCGUGUAGCCUAUUACAGGAAACUUCAGGAGAGUAACGGCAGAAUCUGCGAAAGCCAGCAGGAGGGAGAGGAGAAUGGUCUGGUUAGGUUAAGGUUUUUUUAUUCUUGAUAUUUGGCUCCCUCUUGAGUCAUUUGUGUCUUAUUUCAUCAAACAGUGUGCUUAAAGCGUCAGACAAGCUCAAUACAUAUAGUUGAUUUUAUUGAAACACAUAGAGUGUGUCUAUAUAUGGAAAAAUACACGUUCAAAAAAUGUUGACCAAUCAAUUAGUAGAAAGAACAGACAACUUUCGGUCGACAAAUAUAUUUUUUAGACGGGAACAGCCCAAAUCAUGUUUUUGACGACACUGGGCCUUUAAAUGAAUGUUCUCUGUUUUUGAAAUUAAAAUAAGAUAAUAGUGUUCAAUAAUAGCGACCAAGACAUCCCAUGAUAAUACUUUGUAAGUACUAGGCCUAUGUAAUGUACUAUGUAAAGGAAACAUAAUGAGAAUGUCAUUUGAAAGUCCUCUGAGAGAAAAGCGUGAGGAAGGCAGCAUCUGCUGAUGUCACUCACAAGCUCUGACGAGUUGGUUUGUGGGACACAGACUGUGACACUGGUCCAUGUUCGUCAGACAUGCUGGCAUGACACCUCAGAUGAGACUCAGAUAGACAGAAAAAGAGAGAGAAAGGGGGGAGGGAGAGUGAGAGAUUGUGUGUGGGAACUCAUAAUCACACAAUCACACUGUUACUGCUGAAUCAUUGGUUCUCCCACCCACAUUGUCUACUCAGUCAGUACCCAGAGCAGAGUGCUAAACUGAGGAAUGACAGAUAGAUCAGAAAGGGUUUCCUACCAGUCUGUUCUGUACUGUAUGACAGACAGUCCGUCUGUUCCUAGUCAUCUCAGCCCUACACGCCCACUCUCCUCAUGGUCCUGUUGGGUAAUGGCAAAGUCAUAGGAUAUGAUGAUAGGAUGUCUUCCUAACCUAGUGAGGUAUAAAAACUAAACUCUGAGGCUUUGACGUCACUAAGUGUGUAUUGUUUGACUUCUUCUCCCUCUCCCCUUUUCUCUGUUUAGUCCGUUGCACAAGUCUUGCGAGAUGAGGACUGCCCAUCCAUGAUAGUGCCAAGCAGACCUUGUAAGUGAAUCCAAGUUCUGCACACAGUUCCUCCAGUAUCGUUAUUUUGACUUUCAGAUCGUCUAUUCUAAGACUUCGAUUCUGUGGGAGGGGUUGGAAAAGGGAAAUGAUACAUAUCGCCAGUGUAUGAAAUUGAAAUAUGUCUUAUUACAUACCAUGGAAAAACAAAAACAAAUUGUAAAAAGACAGAUUCUUAGGCAUUAAAUAUUUGUUUGUGUGUUUCAGUCCUCCAGCGGUGCUUCCCUGACUUCAUCACCAGGAACGGGACGCUAACUGUCGCCAACAAGACAGUCUUCAAAGACGGCUUAGGUAAAACGAGGAGCGUGAUCGAUCUCCGAGACGCUGCCAAGUAAGUCCUGCUCUCCACAAUGUCCCUCUGCGGAAGCCUUUGUUGUAGUCCAAAUCUUGGACUGAGACUAUUGGAUGAAUUGUGUAAGUGGGAGUACACCUGAAAGAUUAACGCUGUACAAAUCUGUUCACUGGGGCCUCAUUGAGGCCAUGUUUGGGAAUUAAAAUGCAUUUAAACUAUUAUAUUGUCAUAGGGAUUCCACCUUGGAACCCAGAGUCAACUGGACAGCUAUUACAGGGUAGGACAACUGGCCGAUGAUCACUCAUGCCAAGUAGUGUGUGGAGUGUGGAUCAUUCAUGCACAUUGAAAGCCGUCUAUGCAUGUUUGCAUGGAAAUGCAGCUCAUGCUGUAGCUUCAGAGUAGUACAGUUAAGGGACUUUCUUCAUGCUACGCAUAUACAGUCUAUAAAACAAACAAUAUGUAUGGAUUAACUUGUGGGAGUGAUAAGAGAGGAGCAAUUAAGACAGAUGCAGGGUCUUGAUAGUUUUGUAUUAACGAGCUGCCAUUAGUAGAUCAUGUUUGCCUUUGAAAAAAGGAUGUUAUGACCAGUUGAAUGCUUUUCCUUUUUAGCCAAGUUACCGCCAUGCAGCAAGGAGUGGAAAGGUCUCAAACUAAUUACAGUAUUUUAACCUUUAACCGUGACCUUCUGUAGCCCCUAGCUCACUGUCUGCAAACUAACCUUCCCACCUGACUGUGCAUCAUAGGUAAUCUGCUCCUGCUCCUCUCCGACUGUGGCUGUGGAAAGGAAAGAGGACAGAUUACCUUCAAAUGUUGUCUGAUGUGGAGCUAACAUCCAUAUUUAAGCCCUAACAAAGAGUAACAACUUAGCUUACAGUUUAUGUACUAUAUUGGUCUUUCAAAGCUGAGCGUUACAGUGGGGGAAAAAAGUAUUUAGUCAGCCACCAAUUGUGCAAGUUCUCCCACUUAAAAAGAUGAGAGAGGCCUGUAAUUUUCAUCAUAGGUACAUGUCAACUAUGACAGACAAAAUGAGAAUUUUUUUCCAGAAAAUCACAUUGUAGGAUUUUUUAUGAAUUUAUUAGCAAAUUAUGGUGGAAAAUAAGUAUUUGGUCAAUAACAAAAGUUUCUCAAUACUUUGUUAUAUACCCUUUGUUGGCAAUGACACAGGUCAAACGUUUUCUGUAAGUCUUCACAAGGUUUUCACACACUGUUGCUGGUAUUUUGGCCCAUUCCUCCAUGCAGAUCUCCUUUAGAGCAGUGAUGUUUUGGGGCUGUCGCUGGGCAACACAGACUUUCAACCCCCUCCAAAGAUUUUCUAUGGGGUUGAGAUCUGGAGACUGGCUAGGCCACUCCAGGACCUUGAAAUGCUUCUUACGAAGCCACUCCUUCGUUGCCCAGGCAGUGUGUUUGGGAUCAUUGUCAUGCUGAAAGACCCAGCCACGUUUCAUCUUCAAUGCCCUUGCUGAUGGAAGGAGGUUUUCACUCAAAAUCUCACAAUACAUGGCCCCAUUCAUUCUUUCCUUUACACGGAUCAGUCGUCCUGGUCCCUUUGCAGAAAAACAGCCCCAAAGCAUGAUGUUUCCACCCCCAUGCUUCACAGUAGGUAUGGUGUUCUUUGGAUGCAACUCAGCAUUCUUUGUCCUCCAAACACGACGAGUUGAGUUUUUACCAAAACGUUAUAUUUUGGUUUCAUCUGACCAUAUGACAUUCUCCCAAUCCUCUUCUGGAUCAUCCAAAUGCACUCUAGCAAACUUCAGAUGGGCCUGGACAUGUACUGGCUUAAGCAGGGGGACACGUCUGGCACUGCAGGAUUUGAGUCCCUGGCGGCGUAGUGUGUUACUGAUGGUAGGCUUUGUUACUUUGGUCCCAGCUCUCUGCAGGUCAUUCACUAGGUCCCCCUGUGUGGUUCUGGGUUUUUUGCUCACCGUUCUUGUGAUCAUUUUGACCCCACGGGGUGAGAUCUUGCGUGGAGCCCCAGAUCGAGGGAGAUUAUCAGUGGUCUUGUAUGUCUUCCAUUUCCUAAUAAUUGCUCCCACAGUUGAUUUCUUCAAACCAAGCUGCUUACCUAUUGCAGAUUCAGUCUUCCCAGCCUGGUGCAGGUCUACAAUUUUGUUUCUGGUGUCCUUUGACAGCUCUUUGGUCUUGGCCAUAGUGGAGUUUGGAGUGUGACUGUUUGAGGUUGUGGACGGGUGUCUUUUAUACUGAUAACAAGUUCAAACAGGUGCCAUUAAUACAGGUAACGAGUGGAGGACAGAGGAGCCUCUUAAAGAAGAAGUUACAGGUCUGUGAGAGCCAGAAAUGUGUUAUGACUAGUCGUCUAAUGUCAUCCGCAUUGUUGUGACUGGUAAUCUCAUUGUUUUGACUGGUGUAAUGCUUUUGUUAUGACAGGUGUAAUUCCAUCUUUCAUCUCGCCCAAACUUUGAACUUUGUAUGACCUCAGCAUCUGUAGUUAGGAUGACUGCUCCACCAUUUCCUAUUAGAAAUGACAAUCAUUGUAGAGGGGCAUUUUUGUCAAAGUUAAAAAAUCCCUCCAGCUAUUCUUCUGUUGUUAUGCCUGAUGGUAACCCUCAGGCAUGGCUCAUCUCACCCUCACGCAUGAUUUGUCAACAGCCCACCAGUGCCUUUGACAUAUUUCCCCCUGAAUGCCAAGCACUUCAAAGAGUUGUCCAAGGACAGAGCAUUUCAUUCCAAUUACACUGCCUCCCACCAAAAACUUUAACAAAGCAUCUAUUAUUUAGCUUUCGACAGGUUUGUCCAAACCCCAUCUGUUAAAGCCUGGUCUGUGGAGUGCAUUGGGCACAAUAGCACAGCACUUAUGGUUUCAUUGGUACAUGCAGAAUUACUGUGGCUCCUUUUUCAUAACAACAAAAUUACUUAAGUAGGUUGUAUUAUGUGCUAUUAUACAGUCAUGGGCUUUUUAUAGAAAUAUGAUGGUCUAGAUUAAAUUAACGCCUAGAGUGAGCUUUCCUCCUGACGUGUGGUGGCUGUCCUCAUAAAACAGACAGAGAUUGGUGCUCGACAUUCUGCACAGCUCUAGGGGAAGGUUGGUUCUAGUCUCUUUCUACUGCUGUCCAUCAGUCAUGUAGAGGCUGAUAAUCUAGUGAGCAAAAGCAUCAGGGAAUACUUUGGGUCAGAUAUCUUCUUCGGCUGUUCCUACAGGAUAACCCUUAUUGGUUUCAGGUAGAACCCUUUUGGGUUCCAUGUAGAACCCUCUUCUACAUGGAACCCAAAAGUGUUCUACCUGGAACCAAAAUGGUUCUACCUGCAAUGAAAAAGGGUUAUUCAAAGGGUUAUUCUAUGGGGACAGCCGAAGAACACGUUAAGGUUCUAGAUAGCACCUUUUUUUCUAAGAGUGUAGCGUUGUCAGUUUACCAAUGCAGUAAUGAGGGCUCACAAAGCCAGAUAUUUGCACAAUAUUUUGUUGCGGAAGUGCUGUAGGUAAAGUGGUUCUACGGUGGAUAUCUGAUGAAGUAUUCCCGGUGAUUUUUGCCAUCAGCUCUUUGUUCAGCUUGUACAUUGAACUGUUACCAUAUCCUGCUUGUUCAUGUAGUUAUUACAGAAAGAGAUUCCUACAGGAAUAACUAAGCUUCAAGACCCAUUUGUAUGUUUUUUUCCCGAGGGUUCCUUUGCUACUGUUGUAGAGUAAUAACCUGCUGCUUCAGAGUCAUAGAGAGCAUUGCUGCUUCCUAGCGCUUUGAUAACCCUAAUGUAGACGUUUGACACAUUUAUAAGGGACGCCUGCCUACAACCUGUGCCGUCUCCCAGGGUUGUACAGCCCCCUCAUAAACUGCAGUGUGUCGUGACCCUGUGCUGUGUGUACAAGUGAGAGUGAUUGUAACACAACACAGGCCAAUGUUCUCUCUGUAAAUGAGCAUGUUCUCAUUCUUUAUUUCUCAAUCUUUCUCUCUCGCUUCUCCUCUCCCUCCCUCACAGUGGCAUUACCAGUCUGCUAGAUGCCAAGGAGGUUGGCAUGAAGAUCUUUGAGGAUUAUGCCAGCUCCUGGUACUGGAUCUUAAUGUAAGACCAACACGUGUGUCCGCGUGCAUUCAUGCAUGUAUUUUUGUAUGUGUAUAUGUUUUACUGUGGUCCUCACUCUGACAUAAAGGCGUGUUUGUGUGUGUGUGUUUCUAGAGGUCUGGUGAUAACCAUGGUGGUCAGCCUGGCCUUUAUCCUGCUGCUGCGGUUCACAGCCGGAGUGCUCCUGUGGCUCAUCAUCUUCGGAGUCAUCGCUGUGGUGGGCUACGGUUAGUAAUACAGUACACUCUCCACCACUGACCAACAGCUACUUUAGCCUCACUAAAAGAGCACAAUGCCAUCUUUAGCCUGAGUACGGUAUCCACACUUCACCAGCCCAUACUGUACUUAAGGUAAACAUACCGCUACUGUAUGUAGAUUUGUGUGGGAGACAGUGUCCACAUCUUCUCACUUCCAGCUGUCACCCAACGCCUCUGUUGUCAUGGCAAGCUAAAUGUUGCAGAUAUACAGGUACAUUAUCUCAACUUGUCACGUCUCUUUCUCUCUCUCUCUCUUCUCUCCCUUUCUCAGGGAUCUGGCACUGCUACUGGGAGUUCAGUACACUGAGAGGGAAGCCGCACGGUGAUGGUGAUGUCACCAUCUCUGACAUCGGCUUUCAGACGGACUUCAGAGUUUACCUGCAGCUCAGUCAGACCUGGCUCAUCUUCAGUGCGUGGCCAUCCACUUCUCCCAUCUAUUUGUUUAGCACAGGAAAUACUAGCCUAGCACAAGGCUGUCAACUCAGUUUACUGUGUGAAUCACAAGGUGCAGAGUCUCUUGAACUUGCUGUGAAGCAGUUGGGUGCAAGACUUGUCUGCUGGUUUUGCUUUUGCUUCUCAAUCAGAGAUGGGGAAACCAUAGGAUUUCCUGUUACCUGUAUGCAACCUCGUAUUGCUUAAAUUUAUUGGGAAAACCCCAGGAGAGGCUGUGGUCUGAGGAAUAGCGAGUUUUCUGCUUAAUAGUAAUCAUUUGUAUUGCAGUGAUCUUCCUAUCGGUCAUUGAGGCGGUCAUCAUAAUAAUCCUGAUAUUCCUGAGGAGGAGAGUACGCAUCGCCAUCGCUCUGCUGAAGGAGGGGAGCAGGUGAGUGGCAAUCUUUUCUCAGGAGAGUGACUCUGACCUUCUCUUGUUGUGUCACUUUGAAUGAACCCAUCGUCUGUGUGCUCAGUGUUGGAACGUUAACCUAACUUUUAACCUAACUACUCUCCAUUCUCUUUCUCUCUCUUUUCUCCAGGGCCAUUGGCUACAUCAUGUCCACUCUCUUCUACCCGAUCAUCACUUUUGUGCUGCUGGCCAUCUGCAUAGCAUACUGGGCAGUCACUGCUGUGUAUCCUCUCUAUAUAUCUACCCAGCCUCAUCCUCACUGUACUAUGUGUGCUCUUUACACAGUUAUCUUUGAAUGCAGCAUUACCCAUUGUAGCUACAGGUGAAUCAUUCCGAGCUAUCACCCAUGGAGUCAUAGUGAUUGGAAUUUACUUGAACCUGGCUGGAAUUUAAUUGAACCUAAUAAAACUGCUGACCCUUUAGUGGAAAUCCCAAUAUUGAUGGCUCAUAAGCAGGUACAAAUUGUGAUGCUUGUUUCUGCUUCCAUUCCUCUGUGUUGCCCUUAACUGGUUUUGCCCUCAGCUUCUUGGCGUCUUCUGGCGAUGCUGUCUACAAGGUCAUGUCGACGCAGGACAAAUGCAUGUAUGCCAACCUCACCUGUGAUCCAGAGGUUCGCUUUUCUCUCUACUCUCUUCCUCUUAAUCACAUUGGUGUUAUUGCUGUAUUGAAAACGACUGUAUGUUGUUGGCCUUAAAUCCUGAAUUGGAGCAGCUUAUUGUCCCUAAUAGGAGUACACAUCAUUCAGAUGUGAAUAGCUAGCCAGUGACAACAUCUGUGAGCUCUGGCUACAUUCUGUCUUUCUGACCAGAGGGAGUGCUCAAUAUAGGGAAUAGGGUGUCAUUUCCUUCUAACCCAAUAACUUCCCCUAUCUCUCCAGACGUUCAGUCAGACCAACGUGACCAAGGUGUGCCCUGGCUCCCAGUGCACCUUUGCCUUUUACGGUGGCGAGAGCCUCUACCACCGCUACAUCUUUGUGCUGCAGCUGUGUAACCUGCUGGUGUUCCUGUGGCUGGUCAACUUCACCAUCGCCCUGGGACAAUGCACCCUGGCCGGGGCCUUCGCCUCCUACUACUGGGCCCUGAGGAAGCCCCAGGAUAUACCAUCCUGUCCACUGUUCUCCUCCUUCAGUAGGGCUGUAAGGUAGUCUGGCUCAGUCAUAUGGGAUUAGUUUAUAAUGGUACAUCUUGCUUGGAGAGAUUUCCCCUAAGGGAGGAAUCCUAGUCCUGCACUAAAAAGCUAUUUCAAUGGAGAUUCUCUAUUAAGCAUACCUUCUAGUCCAGGACUAGACUUAAUUUGUGUCCAGGAAACUGUCUCUAAGUGUGUUUAGGUGUUUAAGCCUAUGAUUUGAAGGGGGAAGUGAGUGUGUGUAUAGUGGAUGUAUAAGCUAAAUUUAUUAACACACACAUUAACAGUUUGGUCAUACAGUGUAUGGUGUAUCUCCCAGGUACCACACAGGCUCUCUGGCGUUUGGCUCUCUGAUCCUGGCUGUAGUGCAGAUGUUCCGCAUUGUUCUGGAGUAUCUGGAUCACAAACUCAAAGGUGGGUUUUGUGCUCAUACUAAACCCACUGCCUUUUUAUAUGUUUAGAUACAGUAGUGUACAUUUAUUUUACCAUCAGUUCAUGACGAUGAUCAUCAUGUCUUUUCAGGUGCUCACAAUGCUUUUGCCCGCUUCCUGAUUUGCUGUCUCAAAUGCUGCUUCUGGUGCCUGGAGCAUUUCAUCAAGUUCAUGAACAGGAACGCCUACAUCAUGGUGAGUUUGGGAUGGUGCAGAGUUAACUGACUUGCCUAGUUAAAUAAAAAAUAAAAUAAAAUAAAAGAACAGCAGAUCAAGCCAUUCUGAUAACCAUUUUACGCAAACUGUUGGAAUCAUGAAUACUUUCUCACCCUAGAUCGCGAUAUAUGGGAAGAACUUCUGCAUCUCGGCUAAGGAUGCUUUCUUCCUCCUGAUGAGGAAUGUUGUGAGGUAAGGCACUGUAAAGCUUGGUUUCCAUUAGAAUAGAGUCUGUCUGUCUGUCUCUCCGUCUGUCUGUCAUGGGGGUUACUGUCUCUCUCUGGGCCUCUGGGCUUCUCCAAUGAGUUUCCCCUCCUCUUUAGGGUGGCAGUGCUGGACAAGGUGACAGACUUUCUGCUCUUCUUGGGAAAAGUGCUUAUUUCAGGGAGUGUUGGUGAGUUCCCUGUCUUUCCCACACACUGGUGUACUAAACUAUGUCUAACCACUGCAUGAGUCUCAAUACAAAAAGGGAAACAGUACUUUGAAACAGUGAUACUGUGCAUGCUUGAGUUCAGGCGUCUCUUUGAAAGGCACUAUUUGUAUUCGCAUGAUUCAUCGUGAUUGUUAUUUUUCCCCAGGUGUUCUAGCAUUCUUCUUCUUCACCCGUAAGAUACCAGUUAUUCAAGAAGAAGUGCCAUCACUAAAUUACUACUGGGUCCCCCUUCUGGUAAGAAAUAUAUAUACAUCAUACAGAGUUUGGGUCAGCAUUGCUUGUUGCUAAGUGUGUUCACUGACUUCAACUGUUCUCUCAUUGACAGACGGUGAUAUUUGGAUCCUACCUGAUUGCCCAUGGCUUCUUCAAUGUCUAUGCUAUGUGUGUGGACACCUUAUUCCUUUGUUUCUGUAAGUACACCAUUCAUCUCUUUAAAUACAGCCCAGUCUGGGGAGUGAGGGUGUUUAUAUGAUACAAAGUGAACACACAAAGACACAGAAGGGUUUGUGUUGGAACUUUGUUGGUGAAUUGAAAGGUUCUCGAUGUCAUAUGACCCUAUUAGAAUGUUUGUGGUGAUUAGUGGUGGACAGUUUUCUUAAAUAAAUCAGUAAAAAGGUUAUUCUUGCUUGAUGUUUUUACACAGUAAUUAUUGUUUUACCAAUUAAAUUAUUUAUAUCACAUGUUCUUACAGUGAAGAACUAGUGAAGACUAUUAAACGAUUUGAAUUGUAUAGAGACUGUUAUUUACAUGUCCUCUGUCAAACCUUGCCUUGGCUGCACUCUAAUCACUGAACUAGAUGGCUAUAAUGCACUGGCCAUUUUGGCUGACUUAAACCAUUAUAAACUUUUCUCCUAAUUAAUUUUCCUGCUUGACUUUCUAAAUCGUUUGGCUCUGCUAACUCCUUUCUCUCGUAUUCUCUCUUUCUGCCUUCCUACAUACACGUUGUCUGCUCCUCUCCUCCUUCUCCUCUGUGGCAAUGCUUCCUAUCCUGUGGGGCCUGGUUCAGGUGAGGACCUGGAGAGGAACGAUGGCUCGACCCUCAAGCCCUUCUACAUGUCCCCUCAAUUGCACAGGAUCCUCCGCAGAGAGCAGGGCUCCAAGCUCUAUGCUGCCUCCUGAUAGGCCACCACACUGAACAUCUGCCUAGUGAUAGGCCAGAACACUGACUCACUGAAGGACUGACCCAUUUAUUAUCUAUGUGUGGGGUUGUUUGUGGUCUGGAGCAUACUAGAGCAGGGCCUAAUGGCUGGGCUGGACUCCUGACUGGCCAGGAAGGCCUUGGCAGGACAUGGCAGGACCCAAGAGGGUGGUGUAUGUAGGUGGGGUUUAGAAAAGGGCGAGGCUCUAUUCACCUUCCUCCCUCUCGCCGCCACCGCCGUUGAUACUUCUGAUACUUGCCUUUUUUCUCUGUCGUGCUUCUGUCCCUUUCUUUCUCUGCCGUGCCGACACUGCUGAUCAGUGCCUUACGUAGAGAGCGCUGCAGCAGCACAGUGGACAUGUGUGUGUGUGUGUGUGUGACGAGGGUGAAAUUGCCAUUAGCCCAACACAUUGCAAGAGGCACACAUUCUGCAAAAGGAGAUCUCUGUAUUUCGGAUGCAAUUGGUGUACUUUUUCAGAUGGUAAAAACAUUAUGGGGUUGUGGGGUGAUACAGUACAAGGGCACCCCCUUCUGACACUACUGUGUUUGUGCAAUGGUUAUAUGUACUGUAAUGUAAGGUGUUUUGGGUGAAGUUGCUCUUAGACGCUGAUCUUGGGUCAGUCAGUUUAGCAUUUUCCUCACCAAUGGUUAAGGUUAGGAUUGGGGGAGGUUUUACCCCACCCAAUAACUGUUUUAGGCACAUGUGUGGAAAAUAACCUUGAGAUGGGUUUUCUGUAAAGCAUGAUAAUUUUUGGGCUGUUUAUGCUUAACAUUAGUUGAAGAGGCACAUUUGGUCCACCAUAUUUAUUGACACUGUUACAGAUACUGCUACAGAGUCCUGGGCACAAGAACACUAUUCCAAACUUAAUGUGUAAUGCUACAUAGAUAAACUGAACACACUCAUAAAUGACAUUUGAUAUAAAUCUACAGAGUCACAGACACUUGUAGUAUGGUUUGGUUUUACAAUCAUUGAUAUACUGUAAAUGACAGAUAUAAUGUAGGCUAAGGGAGGUCAAGACUUCUGAACACAUUGAUGCUUAUGCUAAGAAUGAGAUUUGAAUAGACCCUGACACCUUUCAGGAAUUCUUAAUGCAGUCGCUAGUAAACGUGCCUAAUUCUACGUGGAAAAAUGUUCCUCUUAUUGUUUUGUGGUUUUACAUUCUAACACCGAGAACCUUUGAAAUACCGUUUAUAAAAGGAUGUUAAAGCCAUUUUUAGUAAUUUUAUAUGGAAUCGUAUGGACGUGCAGUAGUGCUGUUUUUAAUACUAGGUACUGUAACUCGCAUCUGUUUGGAGGCUUUUUAAUGUUUUUGUACAGGAGAACUCUUUUGUAUCAAUGACUCCAUGAAAAUGUUAAAUCUUAUUUUUUCCUUCUUUUUUUUUUGAAUGGUUCAAUUAUAGCACAACUCUUAGGUAAUUGAUAUCUCAUUUGUAUUAAACAGAGGGUUUAUGAAAUAUUUACAUUGACACUGGGUUUGUGGUAUUGCACAGGAUUUGGGGAAGACCUGUUGUCAAACAGUGGGUUUGAGGUAAUAAAAGGUGGUUUGGCUGUGAUCAAGUGGGUUUGAGAGUAGAAAUGAGUUUGGUAUUUCAAAUAGAUUUGGAGGAAUAUGACCGUGUUAGAGAAUGUUUAAUAGUAGUUUAGGGGUAUGUAACAUAGCUUCUGUGGUAUGUGACUAGCUAUGUGUUCCUGUCCUUAGUGGUGGAUCUGGAGGUGAACAACGGCUCUGCUGCCAGACCCUUCUACAUGAGCAGCACCCUUAGACACAUUCUCAACAAGAAGAACAGCAAGAGGAGGAAAGACAAGAGA